AUGGGGGAUCGCUACAAUAUUCACACACAACUUGAACAUCUCCAAUCAAAAUAUGUUGGUACUGGCCAUGCUGACACAUUAAAAUGGGAAUGGUUGACAAAUCAACAUCGCGACAGCUGUGCGUCCUAUUUGGGCCAUUUUGACUUGUUGAAUUACCUAGCUGUUUGCGAAAAUGAAUCCAAGGCUCGUAUCCGUUUCAACCUCAUGGAAAGGAUGCUCCAGCCGUGUGGUCCUCCUCCAGAGCGGCCAGAUGCGUGA